AUGCUGAAGGGCAAGGACCAGAGGCUGGAAGCCCAGGAAGCAAGGCCGGACUGCACCACAUCGGAACGCAGGGAACGUCCCCGUGAGGUCUUAGAAGGACACAAGUGGCAGGGCCUGGGAGAGUCCCAAGGAAAGACCAUCCGGGACGUGGGACGUGCCCCUGCCUGGGCCUGGUCUGCUGCCUCUUCCUUCCCCUGGGCUUCUUUGACUUCAGUUCCUCCCACGGCCCUCUCCGGGGGUCCUUACCCUGGGGCCAGUGGCUUGCCACCCCGCCUUCCCAACUCAGUCUUGGUCCUAGGUCUGAGCCGCGUCUCCCUCCCGGAGAGGGCGCGGGAGGUCCCGCAGCCAUCCUCCACCUGCUGGGAAACCCGAGCGGUGCCUUCAGCCCCAGAGGCUGCCGACGCUCCCGCCUCCCCGCCCGCUAGCCUAGCUCAGCUCUGCACCCCCGCCCCGCAACUCGCUCCCGCCAGCCCUGCCAACUCACCUCUUCCGCGCCCGCGCCUCUCGGGAGCUCGCGACCUUUCCACCCCUCGUUCCCUCCUGCCCCCUCCCCCUUUCCUCCUGCCCUCUCUUCAUACCAAAAGUAUUGCUUGGCUCUCUCCUGGGGACUUAGCAAGCUGGAGAGCUGAGAGGGAUCCUGAGAGCGGGCGCAGGGCGGCUAGUCCGGAGCCUACGGCGUAG